GUUUUGUGUUUUGCCAUAAAACUGUAUUUUUAUUUAUUUGCUAAGAAGUCUCCACAAUGUUCUUUUAACUAAUGGAGCCUUUAGAAUUCAACGCAUUUGUUCUCAGAUCGCGCAGCGCGAAGGUUGUUUAAUGUGUCGCGUUAAAUUGUUGUAAUUUACGGCGAUAUAAGAUUGUAAACGUUAAAUUAUUCAAGUUGGUUGGAUUUGUGUUGCUGUGCUGCUACUAUUGUGUUGCAUUUAAAUCAAGUCAAAGCCAUGAGAUUUUUAUUUGUCUAUGUAUUUUUAUUAGGGGCGUGUGUCAGUGUGUCAUUAGCUGCUGAUUUAUCAUAUAGACGAGGACAUUGUGAUGUUUCAAUAUUUAGUGUAAUUCAGGAAAUGUUGCGCAAGGAAGUUAAAGCCCUGCUUAAUCCCCGUCUGCGUAACUUGGGCAGCCAACGCAUACAUUAUGAUUUGUACACACCUUAUAACACUGAUGAACGACAAAUAUUGCGCACUGGAGAUGUAAGGGCUUUACGAAAUUCCAACUUUAAUCCCAAUUGGCCAGUGAGAUUUUCUAUACAUGGCUGGGCUGGCAAAAGUACAUCGUGUUCAAAUGCCGCUAUUAAGGAUGCUUACUUUAGCAGGGGUAAAUUUAAUGUCAUAUUGGUGGAUUGGAGUGAUAUUGCUCUCGACAUUAGUUAUCCGCGUAUAUCUCAGCAAUUUUCGGAAAUAGCUGCUCAAAUAGCAAAGUUUAUUCGUUUUUUGCAAAAAGAGACUAAUGUCGAGAUGAAUAACAUUUAUUUAAUAGGCCAUAGCGCUGGCAGCCACAUUUCGGGAUUAACCGGCAAACUUUUGAAACCUCAGAAAUUAGGAGCCAUUGUUGCGUUAGAUCCUGCUGGUUUGGCACAGCUUGGAUUAUCUGCAGAUUUUCGUUUGGCACCCGAUGAUGCAUCGUACGUUGAGUCUAUUCAUACUGAUACUUCUCAUUUGGGUAAUCCAAGUGUUGAACUCAGUCAAGCAGCAUUUUUUCCCAAUUGGGGUCAAGGCCAACCACAUUGCCCAAAUGCCACAGCAGCAGAAUUUGAUUUUGCUUGCGAUCAUUUUGCGGCUUUGUAUUAUUUUGCUGAAUCUAUACGUAAACCAAAUUUGUUUGGAGCUAUUAAAUGUUCAAAUGCAUCUAGCUUAAACCAAUACUAUAAUUGUACAUGCAGCUCGGGGACAGACGAAUGUCUUGCUGAUGUUUACAUGAGUGGAGAACCAGUGGUGCCGAAAACUGGAUUUUAUUAUUUGAGCACUAAACGCAAUGUGCCGUAUGGCCUAGAAAAAUUGGUACGAAUACGUAAAGUACAACCACCAAAUUUUUUGGAAAGCAGUUAUUUCUCACCCCAACUAUUAGGUGGUUUGUAUCAAGGCACAAGACGUUUACUUUAAUUGUCACAUUUCUAUAUUACCUUGUAAACAAUGUAAAAUAAAUCAAUCUGUAUAUAUGUAUAUUUAUAAUAUUAAGAAUAUAAGAAUAUCUUUUCGUCUUCUUAUUUAACACAACAA